AUGCGUCAAAGAAUCACUUUCCUCCAGGAACCUCAAGACUCACUUGAUCCAAAAUUGCUGGAGGUCACAAGCGACUCAAUCUCUACCAAAGAACUCAAGGCGGCUCGUGAAGACCGCGUGACAUUCGGCUUCGAUGAGCUUCCUCAAGAACUGUACCGCGUCCUCAAGGCGAGCCACGAGCUUCAUAUAAGAUGGGUCAGCCCAAACAAUUACAACACUAUUGCGCCAUUGGUAUCCAGGCUAUCACCCGGCCUUCACCUCUUCUACACCCCCCAACGAAACAACAAUGGCUCGAAUCUGCUAUGUCCUAUGCUGAAGAAAGUAUUUGGGGAUCUUGAUUGCCAGUCACCCGAGAAGUCCUUCACCACUCUCCCAGUUGAGAGGUUCGCUCUAUCCGCAGCGACACAAUACUACCAGCCUUUGGAGAGUCUCCAUGACCUAGUCGAAUAUGGCCAACACAAACUCUGUCAAAGCUCCGAUCAGGAAUGUCUCUCAAGGAUCUCAAGUCUUCUCGAUGCAUCGUCCGUCGAUAUUGACUUUGAUACAAUAUCGCAUGCUCUCACAAUUACAGCAUUCUGGCCACCCCAGACCCGGCACCUGAGCGUUAAAAAUACGAUCAAGAAUACCCGUCUCGAGGUUGGAAUUCUCUCAGUCGAAUCUCCAAAGGAGCCGGAAGAGCUCUCUCUGGGAGGGUUCCUAACCGUAGUUGGGGAAGAUACAAAGCCCUCUCCUACCCUCUUCUCCUUCCCCGCACGUCAUCACCCAACAGGAUCAACAUUUUCUGCUUCCUUUCUAACACCAACCGGUAUGCAUCCGACAUUAGAAUUGGGAAUAAGCUCCAGCAGACCACCCACUGAAGAGCGUUCCUGCUCCUUGCACGCCCACUUAACCCUUCCCCGCGCAAUAUUCGUAGACAAAUACCAACUUUCUGAUCAACUCUUACUGGCGUCUAAGAACCUAUCCGCUGUACACUACAUCACCACUCCGGUUGAUCUCGAAGCCCCUGCCUAUGCUAUGACUCUCUGGGGCUCUUCCGUCCUCGUCGAACUUGCACCUCCGUCGUCAGGGGCGGAGCAACCGUGGACGGAACAACCGUGGACAGCUGCCAUCCCUCUGCAUCUCCGCUAUCUACCCCCAACGUCUUCGACAUCUGGGCAGUCUCCUCUUCAUAUCCCAUAUCCAGUAGUGUUCUGGGCUUGUGUCGCUGAUGAAGGGAGCAAAUUUCCCAUCAACCCGUUUGAUAGAGUCAACCUUGGAUAUGAUGGAUUGUUUGGACCGAAGACAAUGUUCUAUCACCUUCCACCUGAAGGGGAUACACUGAUAAAUACAAUUACUGUACCUGUGUUGGAUUUGGAUAAGAGUAAAUAUGUGGAGCUUGGCACUGCUGGGGUAGUGCUCCUGGGCUUCUUGUGGGUUGGAUGGUGUUUAUGGCGUGUUUGGAGCAGGAACCCCUACGGGAGCGGGGCCAAUAAAGUGGCCAAGGAGAAGAAGAAGCAAUAA